UUAUGUUCUUUGUACUAUUUUCUUAUAGUCUUAUAUCAACAUCACACUGCGUAGGUGGAAAAAGAAACUUAUCAAAGGAAGGAGUGGAUGAUAUAGAAAUUGAGAGACAACUAAGAAUUUUAAACAAGAAGCCGGUUAAAACCAUUAUAACCGAGGUUGGUGACGUAAUAGACUGCGUAGAUAUCUAUAAGCAACCGGCAUUUGAUAACCCACUACUCAAGGAUCAUAAAAUCCAGAUGAAUCCAAGAUCAAUUUCAGGAGAGACAAGAAGUAAAAAUGUUUCAUCAUCCUCUAUUUUUCAUGGCCUUCAAAGGGAACAAUGUCCUUCGGGAACAAUCCCUAUUCGAAGAAUAACUAGAGAAGACUUGGUUAACGCUAAAUUUUUCGCAAAGAAAGUCGAACAAAUUCAUGCGAACGGUUUUCCUAACAAUCGUUACCAUUCAGUCUAUGCAGCAGAAGUCAUCCGUGAGAAAAAAUAUUUCGGAGGAGCAGCUUCUAUGUCUAUACAUGUCCUUACAGUAGAUCCUGACCAGUUCAGUACUUCACAAAUUUGGAUUGUGAAUACUACCCGGGAUGAAAUGAACGGCAUCCAAUUCGGAAUAAUGAAACAUCCAAGCGUAGUUGGUGGUCAUCUCCCUCGACUGUUUGGUCUUUGGAUGGUUAGAGAUGGACACCGGAUUGCUGGUUGCUAUAAUAUUAUGUGUCGUGGCUUCAUCCAGACCCAUCGUAGUGUAUUCAUCGAUCAACCGUUUGUGCGCUCGUCAGUAUAUGGCCAAAUAUCAUAUGAUGUGCAUAUUAUGGUAUACCGGGCCCAAGAUACUGGUCACUGGUGGUUAAAAAUGGGAGCGACCGCUGAAAUAAGUGAAAAUGUAGGAUACUGGCCGAAUGAAAUCUUUACGACUUUAAGAACCAGUGCAUCAGUUGUACGAUAUGGAGGAUAUGUAGGUUCAAUGUAUCAAGCAUCAACUCCACCGAUGGGAAAUGGAUUCUUCCCUCAGCUUCAGGACAUUUAUACGACAGCUUACAUGAGACUGAUGAAGUAUGUCAACGAGGCAGAAGCAUCUGUUGACCUAAACCCAAAUUCAGUGCGAAUUAUGAAUGGAACAGUGCCGCAAUGCUACAAAAUUAUGUUUGCUGGUCAAAUAGGAGGGAAUUGGAAAAAUACUAUUGUGUAUGGUGGACCGGGUGGAUACUGUGACUAGCUAGUACAAUGAGAAUGCAAUGAUAUGUCGAUGGAGACGACCGGAAUGAUAAUGUUGGUUUUGAAAUCUGUCAAUAAAAAUCUGUCGGAAACAAUUUCUUAGAAUUGGGGUGACAAAGUGUAUCAGUAGAU